UGACUUCAGCAUCCUCGAGCGGCUCUCGCGCCUGAGGCUCUCCGCGCAUGCCCAGGAUUCCGACGACUCUAGAGGCCGCGACGGUCCGGCUUUCUCAGCUGCUGGUCCGGGCGCCGCCCCUCCCCCCGACGGCGGCGUUGGCGACUUUGGCGGCGUUGUUUGGCGGUGGCGGCGGUCGGCUGCUGCGGAGCCGGCCGAGUCUUAGCGCCUGACCCUGCGCGCCGCUGCGGCGGGUCGGACCGACCGCCUCGCCGCAGGAUUAAUUUAUUUUUGGAAAUCAAGUGCAAUAUUAAAAGGAAAUCAAACCAUACUACAUUAUUGGAAGCCAUUUCUGCUAAUUUUAUUACAUUUUAAAAUUUAUGAUUUGAUUUGAAUACUAUCAUGGGAGGAGCUGUGAGUGCUGGGGAAGAUAAUGAUGACUUAAUUGAUAACUUAAAAGAAGCUCAGUAUAUCCGCACUGAAAGAGUGGAACAAGCCUUCAGAGCAAUUGAUCGUGGAGAUUACUAUCUGGAAGGCUACCGAGACAAUGCUUACAAGGACUUAGCCUGGAAGCAUGGGAACAUACACUUGUCAGCACCUUGCAUUUAUUCUGAAGUUAUGGAAGCAUUGAAACUUCAACCAGGAUUGUCUUUUCUUAACCUGGGAAGUGGAACCGGAUAUUUAAGUACAAUGGUGGGCUUAAUUUUAGGUCCUUUUGGAAUAAAUCAUGGGAUCGAGCUUCAUUCAGAUGUGGUGGAAUAUGCCAAGGAAAAACUGGAGAGCUUCAUCAAAAAUAGUGAUAGCUUUGAUAAAUUUGAGUUCUGUGAACCUGCAUUUGUGGUUGGUAAUUGCCUCCAGAUAGCAUCUGACAGUCAUCAGUAUGAUCGAAUUUAUUGUGGAGCUGGAGUCCAGAAAGACCAUGAAAACUACAUGAAAAUAUUACUAAAAGUUGGAGGCAUUCUAGUCAUGCCUAUAGAAGAUCAGUUAACACAAAUUAUGCGAACUGGACAAAACACUUGGGAAAGUAAAAAUAUUCUUGCUGUUUCAUUUGCUCCACUUGUGCAACCAAGUAAGAAUGAUAAUGGCAAACCAGAUUCAGUGGGACUCCCCCCCUGUGCUGUCAGGAAUCUACAGGACUUGGCUCGUAUUUACAUUCGACGCACACUUAGAAAUUUCAUAAAUGAUGAGAUGCAGGCCAAGGGGAUUCCUCAACGGGCUCCACCCAAAAGGAAAAGAAAGAGAGUUAAACAGAGAAUUAACACUUAUGUGUUUGUGGGUAAUCAGCUUAUUCCUCAGCCUCUCGACAGUGAGGAGGAUGAAAAAAUGGAAGAAGAUAACAAAGAAGAGGAAGAUAAAGAUCACAGUGAAGCCAUGAAACCAGAGGAGCCUCCUCAGAAUUUACUGAGAGAAAAAAUCAUGAAGCUCCCCCUCCCUGAAUCUUUAAAAGCUUACUUGACAUAUUUUAGAGAAAAAUAACUUAAAUCAAGAAGAAAGAAUGCCUACUGAUAAUUCCUUUAGUCUUGAAAAUGUAGCAUUUGUUAGAAGUUAAGAGGAGAGCAGUCUCUCUCAGAGCGAAUUAUAGUGGGAAAAAAGUAUAACUUGUUUCUGUCUUAGUAAUACAAAUAAUGUAUUCAGUGAUUUAAAAAAUCCUUUUAUAAAAUAUAUUUUUCUUUAAAUCUUGGAAAAAUUACUGUUUUAACUCAGUGACUUCAAGAGUGGAAUGCAACAAUAGUCAAGACUGUGUACUAUAAAUCCUUUUCUGAUUCCUUACAGAUUUGUAGUCGUGAGGAUUAGAUUUAAUUUUAUAUAAAGUUAAAUAAUUGUUAAGCAUAUAUGAUCUUAUUUGAAUUGCAGUUAUUUGCAUUUCCUCUAUGAAAACUUUCUUAUCUAACAAAAUCAAAUACUUUGUAGACCCACUUACCAUACUUUUUUUUGCAGUCACUAUUGCUGAGUUACUCUAGAUGUAUUCCGGGCAUAUAUGAGUGCAAUAACAAUACAGAUAUUGAAUAAUUUAGCUUUAAAAAAAAGUUUCAUGGAAUUCAACAGCACUGCUACUUUUGCUUUUGAAUCUAUUGCCAAAAGACAUGGGGAAAAUAUUCGCUUCUCUCAUAGAGAUUUUAAGAGCACAUCAAGUGAUUGAUUAAAGUAAAAAGUAUAUACUUAAUACAACUCUUAAUUUGUAUGGACCCUUUACAUUUUCAGUAUUUAAAAAUAAUGAGGUUAUAUUACUCUCUUGAGUUUUAGAAGAUAGUAUAUUUAGGACUUUUUUUUCUGUAAUAUACUGUAUAAAGUAUUUAGUUUAAAAAAAUCCAUCGUUCUAUGACUGUUGAUAGCACAGAUGGUGAGUGAAUAAGUACCAGUGAUGGCCACUUUUUGGAUCAUGUUUGGUAGCACGGCCAGAGCAGAUUUGGUCAGCAGGGUGCACUUUAGCAAGUGGAACUUCUAGUUCAUCUGAGUAUUUAUCUUUGACAAGGUAGGGCUGAGCUAGCCUACAUUUGCUUUAAAAUGCAUCUUUGUAGUAGAAGAAAUACUCACAGAAAUUGUAUGUAGUUUAGAGUCAUAGUGUAAUCUUUGGGACCUAUGUUGUGCUCAUUUUAUUUCUUCCCAUGUUUUUCUUGUUAUUUUUUUUGGUAAAAUAAUGAUUUUCAUUUUUUGCUUAAUGUCACAUACUUAAACUAUCCAUCAUUUGAAUGUUAAUUGUAGCUUAUCAGUGAUAACACGGGUAGUGAAUGCCAUUAUUAGUUUCUUUUCAUCCAAUUAGGGCCUGAAAACAGUCAUUCCUUGUUCAGAAGGUAUACGCGUAUAACAUAUUUAGUAAUUAGUAUUACAAGGAUUAUAUAUUUUUAAAAUGAAAAAUUUGAGAGUGUCACUUAUUACCACCAGCAUCACUAUUACAAUAGUUGUUCAAAUAUGUUUAAAGAAACCCAAUCAGUGUACAGUGAAGGGAUUAUCUCUCUGCAAAGAUUCAACUAUUAGUAAUAUAUAGAUGGUUUCAAAAAUUUCAACUCUGGUAAUUCAUAUCUACCAACAAGUAUUUGAAAUAUUCUAAGUAUGAGUUAUCCCAAGUAAAUGAGCAUAUUUUAGUCGUGUGAAAGUAAUUUCAUGAAAGGUUAUUUGUUUUAUACCAGUGACUGACAGAGGCUAUGAGUUGAGAGUAUCUCCACAGUUUUUCUCAGAUGAUUACUAAGCUGUUAUUUAAAAAUGCCCCAUCUCAUUUCUAUCAAGGAAAAAAAAAAUGUAUAAGUUGUCAUCUAUUAAAAAUGUUGAUUUCAUAUUGAAUUAAAUGUUAGUUUUAGAAUUUUGAUCUUGAGUUCCUGGUGACCAGGUAUUUUUAUCUAUUACCACCCCCAGCCCCCCCACAAUACACACAUAUACAUGUGCAUGUGUGCAGACACACACAGACUGUUGUUUUUGGAGCUGUGGUCCAGAUAUGGAAACACUGAUAUUCUUAAAGGAUGAUUUUACUGUUCAGGAGAGAGUUUUUGUUAAGGAUAAAUUUGAAGAUUGACUUUUUCAUUUUUUUUUUUUCUGUUGACCUUGGCAAAGUAUUAAGUAGAUUUUGUGAUCAUUGCAUAUUUUUGGUCAUUGAAAUGUAUCUUCGUUUUUUCAAUGCAUUCAUUUUACAGUUGUGACUUUAAAGAAGUAGAAAUAAAAAAUGAAAAUUCAAGUGAAAUUUAUCUAUUAAUGGAAUAUUAGAAUGAUUAAGAAUACGUUGGGGUUUGUGUUUAUUUUUUUAAUGCAUUCAUGUUUACUUGAGUAUAGGUAAUCGUGCUUUGUAAGUGGAGAAGUAGCAAAUAAAGAUGAAGUAGAAUUAAUUGAAAAUGGUGAGGAAUAUAUUCAUGCAAUUUUACAGCCAGAUAAAAGAAUAGAAAUAAUCUAAUCCAGUCUUAUUUUGCAAGAGAAAGUAGGCCUAAGAAAGUAGCAUGGUUUUCCUAAGUCAGACAGCUAGUUGGAGUCAGCUCGAAAUAGCAUUCAGCAUCUGAUAAAUCCCGAGAAGUUUGUCAAUGGCAGCAUAACUACUAAGAAAAUAAAUCUAUACUGCUUAAUUGGUCAAUAUAUUUCAUUCUAGUAUUAAUAAAGGAAAAUGCCAUUAAAAUGGCAUAUACGGUGAUUAAAAUAAAAUAUGAAAAAUGUAAGUGUUGGUUUCUAGCUGUCUGAGGGAAUAAAAGCAAAACCUGUUAAACUAUGGGAAGACUUGGAAAAUUAUUUUAAAUAAACAAUUGCAUAUAAUUAAGCAUAA